CGACAGCUCAAACUUUAAAUUUUUUUUUUCUUUUUGAUUGAACUCGUUCGGCCUUAGAUCCCCGAAAUCUGUACACCUUUCUUCCUUUCUUCUUCCACCUAAAAUUAACUCGAUGGCUGAUCACGAAGAAGCACCUCAGUUGAACAUCAACUACGACCACUUGGAAGCCGUUCUUUGCAAUACGUCAAAUGACGUUCCUCUUGCUGAACGAUUCCGCGCUCUUUUCACCCUCAAGAAUGUGGCCGACGAAAAGUCCAUCAACAUUAUUGCCAAAGCUUUGAGCGACGAUUCGGCAUUGUUGAAACACGAAUUGACUUAUUGUUUGGGUCAAAUCGGUAAUCCUUGUGCGAAUCCCAUUCUUGUCAAGGUGCUCGAAGAUACACAGGAAGAUGAAAUGGUCCGCCACGAGGCUGCGGAAGCAUUGGGUGCCAUUGGAUCUGCAGAAUCGCUUCCCGUGUUGGAAAAAUUUUUGAAGGAUCCUUCCGAGGCCGUGGUGGAAACCUGCGAACUGGCGAUUGACAAGAUCAAAUACGACAACGAUCCAAAGACCCAGGCGGAAAGAGAAUCCCACAAGAGCGUGUACAACUCUGUCGACCCGGCCCCACCUACCACCGCAACGCGUUCUGUCCAAGAACUUGGUGAUCGUCUGUGUGAUACCAACUUGUCAUUGUUUGAACGAUACAGAGCCAUGUUUGCUCUCCGUGAAAUUGGCACUUCCGAAGCCGUCCUCGCCUUGGCCAAAGGAUUGAAGGACAAGAGUGCUUUGUUCCGUCAUGAAGUAGCCUAUGUGUUUGGUCAAUUGCAACAUCCGGCCUCGGUACCUGCAUUGACCGAGACGUUGAUCGACAAGAAUGAAGCGCACAUGGUGCGUCACGAAGCCGCGGAAGCUUUGGGAUCCAUUGCUACACCCGAAGUUUUGGAAACAUUGCAAAAGUUCAAGGAAGAUAAUGCACGCGUGGUCCGUGAAAGCUGUGUGGUUGCUUUGGACAUGUACGAAUAUGAAACAAGUGGUGAUUUCCAAUAUGCAAAUGGGUUGGAGAAGGAACCGCAGAACAUGCAUUCCUUAAAGUUAGCAUAGAAAAACCUCGGGCUACUUUCCACCCAAAGCGAUCCAGUAAUUGAUUUAUUUUCUGUACUGUACAUCACCCGCAGCCUUUCAUUGUUUAGAGAAACUUUCAUCUAUUUAGAAAAAAGAAAAAAAAAAAGAAAAGGCAGAGGGAAAUCUAGAAGCAUCAUCCACCUCCCUUUUGAAUCACAUUGUACUUUAUUUACUAUUGUUUUCUAACUCACUCCCUUUCUCUGCCUCCCCCUCCCAACCCCCCAACUCUCACCUCAUGUUAUAUUUACAGUUUAUUGUAAAAGGACGACACAUAUAAACGCUGUAUAAACCAAAAAUUGACAUGCG